AUGGCUGCACGUAGCAAUGCAGACUUCGAUGGGCAAGAGGUGCUCGCAUUCGCCAUCGAAUUGGCCAAGAAGGCCGGAAAUGCGAUUCUGCAAGGUUCUCAGAACCGCAAGGCCAAGGCCGAGGCAGACUGGGAAUCUCUGACAAAGAAGAAUACGGCUGAUUUGGUGACGGAGACGGACCAGGCGGUGGAGAAAUUGGUCAAGGAGACGAUUGCAGCCAAGUAUCCCACACACAAAUUCAUUGGCGAGGAGUCUUGGGCUGCGGGCGAGGAGGCAAAGCUGGACGAUGCACCUACCUGGAUCGUCGACCCCAUCGAUGGGACGACGAACUUUGUGACUGGCUUUCCCUUUUGUGCCAUCUCCAUCGGAGUGGCCUACAAGCAGCGUCCCGUCAUUGGUGUAGUGUACAACCCUUUUUUGCGACGACUGUACAGCGCAUGGAAGGGCAACGGUGCCUACUUGGAAUACCUCGAUGAGAAGGGCGCCCAAAUAGGACAGCCCUCCAAGCUGCCUCUCAAUCCCAUCUUUCCUUUGUCUUCGCUGCGCCAUGCCGUCGUGGCAGUCGAGUGGGGCUCGGACAGAACGAAAGAGACGAUUGAGAAGAAGACGCUCAGCUUUGCAAGGCUCUGCGGUAAUCCGGAGGAAGGCGUGCAGGGUGGCCAAUUUGUGAGGGGCGUCAGGAGUAUUGGAAGCGCUGCGCUGAGCUGUUGUGCUGUUGCCGAGGGUGCUUUGGAUCUUUGGCAAGAAGUCGGAUGUUGGGCUUGGGACGUAUGCGCGGGCGCCGUCAUUGUGCAAGAGGCAGGCGGAGCAGUCGUAGGCUCCAAACAAGCUUUCCUUUCGGGUGCUUCCAAAUUCAAUGAUGUGACGCCUGAGGUUCUGCAGGGACGAAAGUACGUCGUGAUCAGAGCCAUUGCGGAUUCGGAGGGCGAAAAGGGAAUCGAUGCCCAAAAACGAAUCAUCAAAGACUUUUACGGAGCGUUGGAGGACUGGGAAGCCAAAUCCGUCGGACCUUCUAGGUGA